AUAGCCUUAUAUGUGUGUGCUUGUGUGUGUGCAUGUGAGAGAGAGAGAGAGAGAGACAGACAGAUAGAGAGAGAAAGGCAGACAGACAAAGAGAGAGAUAGACUCAAAGAGAGACAGAGAGAGAGAGACAGACAGAGAGAGACAGAGACAGAAAGAGAUUCAGCGGAAACUUGCAGCGAUUUAUGUAGUUCCUCUUUGAACCUAGUCAGAGAGGAAAAUGUUUCAUUACUGAUAAGACAUACACACACACACAUGUACAGGCGGCUCAAUACAGUAUGAUCUUCAUCACAACUGCUGUGUUUGUGUGUUUGUGCUGGAGUGUGAGGGCCAGGCUAGUGCCCACCAGCCCGGACCACGUAUAUGCCACCGAGGGCUCGUGUGCUCUGAUCUCCUGCUCAUUUCCAUCUGCCAAUGGUUCCGGUGUGGGCGUGGCCGUCCGGCUGAGAUACCGCCCCUCUAGAAUGCGGUCACGCCGUCAUACGGCGUUCAGCAGUGACCAGGCCGACCAGAUAGAGAGCAGAUUCAGAGGACGCAUUACCCUGAACGGAGAUCUGAGUUCGGGAAACUGCUCCCUCACCAUGUCUGACGUCAGCACCGGUGACACCGACGUGUAUGAGCUGGAGCUGAGGGAACGCCACGGGUCAUGGGGCAGAGCCAAGCGUGUCCAGGUUUCUGUCACAGCAGGCAUCCCCGAGAAGCCAGAGCUGAGCGUUCCCCCCGUUGUGGUGUUGGGGCAGACGGUGGUCCUGAACUGCUCAGUGAGGAUCGACUGCCCGUUGGUGACCCCUCGUCUGCUAUGGGUGUGGGAGAGGGGGGGUGCAGAUGGGGCAGGAGAAGACAGAGGGACAGAAAGGGUGCAGACCGAGGGGGAGACGACCUUACUCAUCUCGUCUCUGUCCUUCACACCAUCUGAGCUGGUGAAGCCACGGAUCAGAUGUGAUGCCCAUCACCAUGGUAACAGGAAGAGCAGCAGCGUCACCAACAUGAACAUCCACUUCCCCCCAAUGGACGUGUCAGUGGAAGUCCACACAGUGCAGGUGAGGGAGGGGGGCAGUGUUCAGCUGGUGUGUGUGUGUAAAGCUGAUCCCCCUGUCAUCAAGUACCAGUGGUCUUACACACAUUCCAGCAGCAUGCUGCCCCUCCCCCACCACACACACUCUAUUCGGAUACACAAUGUCACACGACACACACGUGUACAGUGCACUGCCCACAACGCCCUGGGACACGCAACAUCUCCGCCCACUCAUCUCAAUGUGCAGUAUGGCCCUCUGAUUCUGUGGAAUGCAUCCGUGUGUGUGUGGACAGCUCAGGUGCAGGAGUGUCUGUGUGUUGUAGACGCAAAUCCGCACCCCCUCGUCACCUGGAGUGUAAAUGGCAGCGUCCCUCCACUCAGCUUCAACACCACGUCAUCACACACACACCACACAGUGCAGGAGACACUGCGGGGACACACACACACACCACUACACACCACCUGCUACGCCUUCAACCGUCUGGGCAACGACACACACACACUUCAACUUCAGAGAGGGGAAGACAGUGUCGUGCAGCCUCUGAUCUCAGUGGGAUUCAGUGUUUUGCUCUUCAUCCUCCUCUUCAUCACACUCCCUUUGUGUGUGUGUUUGUGCCGCCGUAGGACUGGAAGGAGGAGGCAGGGGAUUGGCUGUGCCCCGGCUGUCUACCCCAGUGCUAUGAGUGUGUAUCAGGAGCGCACUCCUCUGUACAUCAACUGCUCUGAGGUCACACACAUCUAUACCAAUGGGAGCUACCAACUCAUCUACCAGAAUUGUACACCCUGUUUCAUCCGUACAACACAGACUCAUAAGAGACAGAGGAGAGGAGCCAGACGAGAGAGACGAGAGAGAGACAGACAGAUUACUGCAGAACAGAUGGAGAGAGACAGACAGCUGUCGCUCACCGCUGACUCUGACUCGGCCAUUUACGUGGAAGUGAUCUGACCAGUGGUCUGUUUCUGUCCUGAUUUUGAAUCGACUUCCUCUGACCACUCUGAUACGUCCAGCAUCUGUGUGCAUUUGCAGAUGCACAGAGGACAAAGGGCCCUCAAUGAAGGGAAAGUGUUAAAAACAGUCAAGGAGUAAUGUUUAUUGUAGGUGUAAGUGAUGCUAUGAGUACUAAUCCACCCCCACAGCACUAGCCCCAUCCUCACACACCCCCCAACACUAACCUUACCCUCACACCCCCUAACACUAACCCCAGAUUAAUAUAACAUGCAUUAACAUUUCUUAUCAUUUUCUCAGUUUUUUUUUUUUGCUCAUUAUAAAAGUAAAAACUGAUGAUGAGGUGUAAUUUCGUAAAGUCUAUCUAUCUAUCUAUCUAUCUAUCUAUCUAUCUAUCUAUCUAUCUAUCUAUCUAUCUAUCUAUUUCCACUGUAUUGCCAGAAGUAUUGGGACACCCCUCCAAAUCAUUGAGUUCAGGUGUUGUUUUUCAGGGGUUGGGAUCUGCCCCUUAGUUCCAGUGAAAGGAACUCUUAAUGCUUCAGCUUCAUACCAAGACAUGACUGUACACCAGUGACCAAAGCAAGGUCCAUAAAGACAUGGAUGAGUGAGUUUGGUGUGGAGGAACUUGACUGACCUGCACAGAGUCCUGACCUCAACCCCAUAGAACACCUUUGGGAUGAAUUAGAGUGGAGACUGUGAGCCAGACCAAUGGUUUUGGGACGUCUGCCUUUCCAUGCACAUGAAUUUGAUAUGGAGUUGUCCCUUUGAAGCUAUAACAGCUUCAACUGUUGCACUGAUGCUGGACGAGAAGGCCUGGCUCGCAGUCUCCGCUCUAAUUCAUCCCUCCAUCAUCUCAAAUUCAAAUUCAAAUUUUAUUGGUCACAUACAAAAACAUACACAUCUAUUCAUUCUAUCUAUCUAUUAUUCAGUAAUAUUUAAAUGACAUCAAAUGUUUCUGUCUCAUAUCUCAGGUGGGUGUCAGGGCGGUACAAUGUGUAGUGGUGCAUCGUCUCAGCACCACAUGUGGGUUUCCUCCAGGUUCCCUGGUUUCCUCCCAAAAACAUGCCAGUAGAAUAAAAGUAACAUACUGAAGAUGAACGAAUGUUUGAUGGUUAUGUUGAACCUUCUUGUGUUAAAAUCUGUAUAAAAUCCUGCUGAAUGUUAUAAUGUGUGUGUUUGUGUGUGUGAGAGAGAGAGAGAGACACACACAGAGACAGAGAGAGAGAGACACACACACACAGAGACAGAGAGAGAGAGAGAGAGAGAGAGAGCAAGAGAGAGACACAGAGAG